UCUACAGGGGAUUUAGUGGUUCUGUUGAAUAACCGGAAAUAAUAGCUCGGGUACCAGACCCCAUUAUGGUGUCACGCUAACGUUUUGAACUCGCUGUUGUAAACCGACCAUUUUUGUGAGUGCCAACAAGUCGAAACGGUCUUAGCACCAUAUUAUCUACUAUUUUAUGAAGUAAAACCUUCCUCGUACCAGAGUGGGAGCGGAAGUGCAGAAAACAACAGCUCUGCGUGAUCAGCCAACGGACUAUCAGUGGCACCAGAACUCAGUGAACUUGGCCACCCCUGAAUGGCCAUUUUCAACAUCCAGUUAGAGUACGCCUACUACGAGAUUAUGUUGUUCAGGGGUGGGCAUGGUCGGUGGGGUUGACGCUCAAAUUCCCUUGCUCUCUUGUAACUGGCGCUCCGGAUUAUACGGGAUAGCACGAGGUACUACACGUGAUCAACUUUAAUUAAAAAUGGCGUCUUCAUUUUCCCAUCCUGAAUCUGUUCCGGAUUCUUCCUUGAAGACUUAGAAGUAGGAAGGCUCAAGAGAAAUCACGGUUAAAAACAGUUUUAAAAUUCUCGGGGAAAAAGCGGAACCACUCGGACUCCCUGUAAGAGGUAGUACUAGUAAAACUCGUUCAGAGCGAGAGUGUAGUUCUCCGAAAAGUGACGUCGGCUCGGAAAAUGUUUACAGUGGAAGUACCAGGAUUGAGGCAAAUGAGAGCGAGGUACACGACAGUUAUCUCGAUAGCAACUCUGUAGCAGCGGUGUCCAGAAAUCUAGUCGAAGACGCUGGCGGAUCUCUAGAAGUGCACCUAGUUCCUGAAAAAUCGGCAUGUUGUGAGGCUGCCGCUGUUGACUCUCACGAGGCCGAUGAAGAUCUUAACGAGUAUCGGCAUGCACCCACAAGAAAAAGGAGAAAACUUCACUUUCAAGAAAUUUGGAAAGAGAAAUAUUUGAUGGCUCCUGGCGAACUAGCAGAUACAAUGGUGUGCAUGAUAUGUGGUCAGCAACUAACGUCUCUGAAGGACAGCACUGCUAAACGACAUGCUAUUCGAAAUCACAAAGAUUAUACAACAUUCACUAAAGAAAAGAAGCAUGAAAUUUCAAGACUUUUUCAACAAAGGCAAGUCCAGAAGAGGCGGCAACAAGAAUCAUUACAACAGUACACUGAUCCGUCUAGUCUAAAGGUGACGACGUCUUACAAACUAGCUUUCACUCUUGCUAAGUAUAAAAUGCCGCUUUCAUACUGUGAUGCUAUGGUUGAGUUUGCUGUAGCAACAGAUCCAAACUCCGAUGUUUUUCGGUCAAUUACUGGUAGUCGUCGCACCGUUACAAGAAGAACAAUGGAUCUUCGUCAAAAAGUUCUAGUGCCUGAAGUACUUAAAGGGGUCAAUGACAGUCACUUCUGGUCACUGAUGGUUGAUGACUCUACUGAUACCGGAACACAUGAGCAAAUGAUAUUGUAUGUCAGGUUCAUUGAUUCGCGUCUCCAGUCUAUUGUUACUAGAUUUCUGAGUGUAAAGAGAAUUGAAGGUCACCCCAACGCAGAAAACCUUUGUAGGAGUAUCAUGUCUGUAAUUGGCAGUGAAGGAUCUGGUUAUGCUCUACCAACAGACCGUUUAGUUUCUUUCACCACAGACGGAGCAUCAGUUAUGUUGUCUUCUCAGAAUGGCGUUUAGGUAAAAUCAGAAACGAGAUAGGAAAUGCUAAACUUCUGUCUCAGCAUUGCUGUCCUCAUAGACUUGUCCUUGCAUCAAAGGCUGGUCAGCAUCUGCUGCCUGAUUGAAUAGAAAAAACUGUAGCCUCAGCCAUCGACUAUUUGAAAGGCAGUCCUUGCAGGAGAGACGAGUUUCAGAAGUUUUUACAACUGGCUGAACCUGGAGGGGAAUAUCGUCGAAUAGUUGACUACCAUCGUAUCAGAUGGUUGUCCCUUCGCGCUUGUGUCGAUACUCUGUGUACUGUUUUACCCCAUUUGGUUAAUUUUUUGAACCGGAGAAAGGCAAUCAGCAAAACAACAGCCAGACUAGAAAAAGGCGGGCAAAUUGUACAGCGACCUGUCAAAGCCAGAAUUCUGUGUCUACCUGUACUUUCUUAGGCCACAACUUGAAAUUCUGGCUGACCUAAACAAGGUGCUGCAAACCGGCGAGCAGUCAAUCCACACCACUUAUCUAAAAAUCCGGGCAUGCAGAAAGACGUUUGUCUCUUCAGUAGUAAGGGACGUUGAAAAAAGUGUUGACGACUUUGACAAUAUAAUACCCGGCACGACGCUGUUCUCAAGAUAAUCUACGACACCAUCUCUCAGAAUACGUCCACCAGUAAUUACAACGUUUUCGCUGAUCUUGCCUGCAGCACUGUUCCAUUUCCAACAGACAUCGUUGUGACCGCCAAAAGACCUGACGUCAUUCUAUGGAACGACGUGGUACAGAGAAUUUACCUAGUAGAACUUACUGUCUGUCAUGAGUCCAACUUCGAUGCAGCUGACGAAAGAAAAACUGCAAGAUAUUACGACCUAGUGCAGUCUCUGUCAGAAAAGAGAUAUCUCGUAAAGCAAUUUAACCUUCUCGUUGGAUCGAGAGGUUUUAUUCAUAAUGCCAAUUUGAAUUCUUUGUGCACGGAACUACGUAUACCAGCUAGGACAAAGGAGAACAUGUGUCUUCAGAUUAUCAAGACUGUCAUGGAAGAGUCAUUUAAAAUCUGGAUCAAGAGGAACAGUUCAUAGCCUUGUUACUGUGUUUAAUUAAUGGUUAACUUAGUCUUCUCUUUUACUUUAGUCUUGCUGUGCUAGCCAACUUCGUUGUAGCUAGUCUAGAGCUCUUAGCUGCUGUCCCAUAUGUCGCCACGGGAUUGUUAACCGUGUUGGACAGGGGUUGCUAGCUGCUCCCCAUUUGUUUAUUUAUUUCAAUAAAUGGG